AUGCAGGGACGAACCCCACCUGGUGGAGCAGCCUCUCAUGGUGACCCCACUGGCGGAAAGUAUGAUACCACCCGAGGCGGCGAUGGCGGCAGUGGUGGUGGCAUCGGUGGCAGCGGCUAUGAUGCUUCAAGAGGUGGUGGCGCCGCCGCCACUAGUUAUGACACUUCCGGAGCCACACCAUAUUAUGCCUCUAGGCUGUCGCCAUAUGACAUUGGGCCCAGAGGAGCAGCUGCAGGCUAUGAAUCCACCGCCAGGGCUGCCGCCAUGUACAGCAGACCCCCUAGCAGCACUCAGGCUGCUGUUGCCCCAGCACCCGCCACCACCGCUGCCGCAACUUAUCGGGUAGGGCCUGGUCGUGCCGGAGGUGACCGAGACCAGCCCCGUGGCAGUGGCAGUGGGAGAUGGUGA